AUGAUGAGAUGUAAUGUCGUGUAUCUAGUUGUGUUUGUUGGACUUUCUGUGGGAUUAUGUUACGGCUAUAGUGAUGGUGAACUAAACGACCCUUGUCAAAUGGUACAAGAAUGCAGGCAUUUUGCAUACCUUUGCAGCAGCAAUAGAACUUGUCAAUGCAUAUCGCCAUAUUACAGACCAAACAAACAUUGGGACAAAUGUGUCGGGGUUAUUGGUCAAAGAUGUCAGUACGACGAACACUGUAUAGAACGUGCAUAUUGUAAGGAACAGAAAAUAUGUGAAUGCAAACUUGGUCUUGUACCCAGUGACGACAAAACAGAAUGUUCAGAUCCUGUUCUUUCAGAUUCUGCGAGAGUAGCACCGACAAACUACAUGGUUGUACCGUUAAUGAUUCUGCUCUACCUAAAAUUGUGUUUCUGGUAA